AUAACCGCUGUCACAAUCGUUUGCUCGCUAUCGACAAGUGCUUGGCUUCACUCUUAGUCCCUCUUCUCCUACCUCCCACUAUCUAUUCCGAAUAACCAAGGAUGUCUGCACCAGGAGGCGGCGGCGCUUACUCUUUCUCCCUUACCACCUUCUCGCCAUCAGGAAAGCUCGUUCAGAUCGAACAUGCUUUGGCGGCCGUGUCCGGAGGACAGACUAGUUUGGGGAUCAAAGCCAAGAACGGAGUCGUGCUCGCAACGGAAAAGAAGACCCCUUCCCCCUUGGUCGACGACUCGUCCUUAGAAAAGGUCGCCAUGAUCUGCCCCAACAUCGGCUUCGUUUACGCCGGAAUGGGUCCCGACUACCGAGUCUUGGUCGCCAAAGCCAGGAAGAUCGCUCAGAGUUACUGGAAAGUCUACGGAGAAUACCCUCCUGUCAAGGUUCUGGUAGCGGAUGUUGCUGCUGUCAUGCAAAAGGCCACUCAGAGCGGAGGUGUUCGACCAUACGGUAUCUCGCUACUGGUAUGCGGAUGGGACAACCACCGGGGACAGUCUCUUUACCAGAUCGACCCUUCGGGUAGUUUCUGGGCGUGGAAGGCGAGCGCCAUCGGGAAGAACAUGAGCAACGCAAAGACCUUUUUGGAAAAGAGGUACAGCGACGACAUCUCGCUCGAAGACGCCAUUCACACCGCCCUCCUGACCCUGAAGGAAGGUUUCGAGGGAGAGAUGACCGAGAAGACGAUCGAGAUCGGGAUCGCCAGCGUACCGACAGCCGAGCAGAUGGAUAUCAAGAGCGGAGAGAGGUUACCCGCCACGUUCCGAAAACUUAGCGAGGCCGAGGUUCGAGACUACCUCGCCUUGUAGAAGGGCGAGUCAGAGAUAAGGGACGCAAGAGAUGGGCGGAGCACGAUUUCACGAAUCUUCUUUUGUAACAUGCACUUAUGACACGUGGUCGACAACGACAAGAGACUUCGUUCGACUUUUGAUCGGGGACCACUGAUACACCUAUUCUGAUGUUGAUCGUGGACAUCGUUGCCUUUCCGGAAUAGUAGGAUGGAUAAA